CCAAGUUUCAGUGCACAAUCGAACGGUUUGAAACGAGAAACGAAAAUAUCGACAUUUUUUUUUAGUUUUUAAAAGUUUUAAUUUUUAAGUCACACACAAAAUGCGAGGAGUUCAUCUAGUCAUAAUUUGCAUCACAAUUGCUUUUGGCACACAAAAUGCCAUGGCAGCUAGAAUUUUAGCUCUCUUUCCGACGCCAUCGUUCAGUCAUCAGCUCGUUUUUCGCGCAGUAACGCAAGCGCUUGUCGAUCAAGGGCACGAACUAGUUGUACUGACGCCAAAUCCCGUCGUCAUUCAGCCCAAUGACACACAACGUCUCGCGCGAUUGCAUCAAAUUGACGUUAGCUUCGCCUAUCAAGGGUAUUUCCAUAAGAUAAACUAUGCGGCGUCAAAGGAAGACAACAUUCCGGUAACGAGUCUCUUGAACAUGUUUACUGUCGCUCUCGAGGAAAUUAUGACGUCAGAAUUUGCACAUCCAGAAAUGCAGAAGAUUCUGAAAGAUCCCAAGUCGCAAAAGUUCGACGCUGUCAUCUCAGAGUUCAUUGGAUACACUCCAAUGUAUGCCUUUGCGAAACUUUUCAACGUUCCUUUGAUUGGAAUAACUUCUACGGAGCCAACGUAUCAUGAGCAUAGAGCGAUUGGCAAUUACAUUCAUUCUGUUAUUCAUCCGAUGAACGUUUUCCCCAACUACAAGGAUUUGGGAUUCAUUGAACGAUUUGCGAGCGUUACACUUGACUUAGUGAUGCGACUGUACUUUGAGCCGCUCGUUUAUCAGUUAUUCGAUAAUGUCAUCGAGAAGAAUUUCGGUGACGCAGUACCCAGAUCGCGUGAACUUGCACGCGAUGUUGAUCUUUUGCUACUUAAUGGACAUCCAGCUCUCGGAUAUGUGAGACCUGUUGUACCAAAUACCAUUCAAUUAGGAUUUUUGCAUAUCCAUCCUCCAAAUCCGUUAGCUGAUGAAUGGCAGAAGUAUUUGGAUAGCUCGAAGCAUGGCGUAAUUUAUUUCAGUUUUGGAACAAAUGUGAAAACGAGUAAUUUGAAAGGAGGUACUGUGGGAAUGUUCCUUGAGACAUUCAAAAAGUUGAAAUAUGAUGUUUUAUGGAAGUGCGAAAGUGAUGAUUUUGACGAUAUACCAAAGAAUGUGAAGACUACGUUAUGGGUGCCGCAACAAGAUCUUUUAGCUCAUCCAAAAGUUAAACUUUUCAUCACACAAGGAGGUCAUCAAUCCAUUGAAGAAGCUGUCGAUCGACAAGUUCCCAUGAUCAUCAUUCCAAUGAUCGUCGACCAAUUUGCCAAUUCCAAAAGGAUAGACAACAAAGGAGCAGGAAUUGCAUUAAAUUUGAAUGACAUCACAGCAGAAUCUUUUGAAAAAACGAUUUUAGAAGUAAUUGAAAAUCCAAAGUACAAAGAAAACGUCGUAACUCUCUCAAAACUAGUUAAGGAUCAACCAAUGAGCUCCAUAGAGAAAGCUGUUUGGUGGAUCGAAUACACAAUUCGUCACAAAGGCACAAAGCAUCUCCGUUAUCCGGGACUCGAUGUUCCUACUUAUCAAUACUACUACUUGGAUGUCUUUGCUGCAUACUUUUUGCUCAUCGCAUUAAUCGUGACAAUUGUACGCUUUGUGAUACGAUGGUUCAUUCGAAAACUGAAAAACAUUUUAAACAGUCAAAAACUUAAACAACAAUAAAUUGGACAUGUAAUUUCAAUUUUUUUCUCGUUAAGCAACUCAAUCACAAAAUUCUUUUGAAUGCACUUUAUUAACAAUCAACGAAAAAAAGCGAGUGUUGUUGGUCCCUGCAUGAUAUCGACAAACAAAAAAAAAACUUCAAUUUAUUCCUCAAUUAAGUGAUUAAAAAUUUAUUGUUUUGAUACGAACGUGAGUAUAACAUUCAUAUAUCUAGAAACAACAACAACAAACGAGUAGCAAUCCCCGCGCCGAAUCUUUAUUUAAAAUUCUCAUUAAAUAUUUCAUGACACUUUAAUUUACAUCAAUUUGCAUAUAAAUCAAUUUUAAAUUAAUCGAAAAAUGGAAAAAAAGGGAAUAUAAUAAAAAUAAAACAGUGGAAAAAAUGAGUGCAGGCAUGCGUUUGUAAUGAAAUUUAAAAUAUGAAAUUCUUGAAUAAAUUUUUAUGUGUUUCUGCAUUCGGCAAAAUGUCUUCGAGAAAUAAGUAAAAUAACAUUUUAAAAUGAAUCAG